ACAUCAUUCCCAAGAAAUAAGCCCAAACAAUCAAGAAAAAGUUGUUGAAUUGAAUCCUUACAAUAAUGCUCAUUAGGAGUUUACAUUCUACCAAACUCAAGUCACUGUGGCUAAGGUGUUUUUCGUCUGCAACCCCUCAGGUACUUAAACCUGGGGAUGUUUUGAGAAAAGCUAGGCUUUUUACUGAGGAAGAUGUUCUUCAAUACUCCAAGGUGAGUCAGGAUUCUAAUCCUUUGCAUACUGAUUCUGGUGCUGCCAAAAAUGUUGGAUUUGAAGGUCCACUGGUGCAUGGGAUGCUCGUUGCCUCUCUCUUUCCUCAUAUCAUCUCAUCACAUUUUCCAGGAGCUGUGUAUGUAUCUCAAAGCUUGAAUUUUAAGUUCCCGGUCUAUAUUGGAGAUCAGGUUAUUGGUGAAGUGCAAACAACUAAUCUGAGAGUAAAUAAAAAUCGAUAUCUCGCAAAGUUUAAGACAAGGUGCUUCAAAAAUGAUGAACUUCUUGUUAUUGAGGGUGAGGCUGUGGCUUUGUUACCAACCUUGAAUGUAGAACAGGGGCAACAUGUGGAGCAAUAAAAGAUAUUCACUGUUCUAGCUGUUAAUCAUGAAUGCCUUUUCAAAGGCAAUGUUAGACGUACUGGUAAUAUGUUUGUUAUUUUAUGUUUUAAUGGAGACUUAUAAUUAUUGAUAGUUCCAAUUUGUGAUCCCCUGCUCUGAACAAAAAGAUAAA